AUGACUCACAAACCAGACCACAACCAUCAAGGUAAAGGAUUCACAGAAAAUGGUUCACAUAUAAGUCAUAUACAACCACAUAAUGUCGAACUAGACAAUCUCUUCGAUCUAGAUGCUGAUCUUGACUUUGAGACAGCUUAUCAAUUGUUCAGUAAUUUCGAUAAUUUACAAGAAAAAAGUAUUGAUGUAUUCGCUAAUGAGCAACAUAUUACCUCACCGCAAUAUCAUAACCCGCCAGACAAUGUAUUCAGAGGUGCUACUCAUCGAUUACUUGCAGACCCUUUACACCAGAAUCGUAUUUCAACCCAAUUUAAUGAACAUGAAACGAUACCGAAUUAUGGCCAUCAUGUGAAUAACGACCUAAUACAUGAACAUAAUAAUGCAAAUAAAGACUUAUCGCAUGUAGACACUACACCACACAUGGUAGGAGGUGCUCUUGUUUUACAACAUCAACCUAAUAAUCAUAAUAUUUUAAGUCCGUCUCCUAUACCUUCACCACAAUUUUUCAAUAAUCACCCACAUCUAAAUCAAAAUAUACCGAGUCUCAGAAAUGCUAGCCACUCUGCCAUAGAUUCAGAUAUGAAACAUCAAUAUUUUCCUCAGUUACAACCUCAAAGUACAGAGGAAUUAUUGCAACAGAUCAACGAUACUCAUAUUCAAAGAGCAAACGAUACAUUAUUAAGUACAUUUGAAUCAACAGCCAUUGAGAAUUUCUUAGAUUCUUUAGUAAACAAUCAAAAAAAUAUUAUUCAAGAACACUCUGCAAUUAAAUCACCCAAUGUGAAAAAUGAACAUCAACACAAUGUAGUAGAUGUUCCUCUUCAAGAAAUUUCUCAAACAGAACCAUUAAAGACUAAAGAAGAGCAAAUUGUAUCUCAAUCAUACGAAGAAGAAUAUAACUCUACUGAGGAUUCGUCAUAUUUACAAGCACCAAAUGAUUAUAUACCACCACCAUUAGAGAUUCCUGAAAUUACUAUAUCAAAUGAAAAAAUACCAAUGAAUCUUGUCGGUGAUGAGAAGAAGAUUAAAAAAUGGAAACAUGUUCAAGUAGAGAAAGCUAGGCGUGAUUUUACUAAACAAUCAUUUGAUAGUCUAACAGGAAUGUUGAGUAAAGAUAUUGAAAGUAACACCAAGAGAGUUCCCAAAUAUUUGCUACUCAAUGGUAUCGUCGAUGAUAUAAAAAGUUUAUUAAAAGCAAAUCAUCAAUUGGAGAAAAUGUUGUACGAUGAGAAAUAA